AUGUCUCGAAUGAUGUUUGUGAAGGGCGCUGCUCGGCGUACGCUUAUUGAAUAUUUUCGCAAGACAAGUCUAAAUGGCUUUGGUUUACUCUAUUUUAUACGAAAACGUCGCAUACAGCGUUUAUUUUGGUUUGCUUUCAUUACUUUUGGUAUACUAUUUGCUGGAUUAAGUGUCCUGGCCAUGGUAUUGCAAUAUCUGAAUCAUCCGAUUAUGACAUCACUAUCCGAGGAUAUUUUCAUUGAAGAGAAUGUACGAUUUCCAGCUCUUACCAUUUGCAGUGGCUACAAAUUGAGUCGUCGCAAAGUUUCCAACUAUGCAGAUGAGUUAAGCAAUGCAAAGGGUCAAUCAAAGGACUAUUGGCUAAGACAAUUAACAUUGCUGGAAGGCUACUUUGAUUCAUUUGCCAUUUCGCCCCAAGAUGGUAGAAAUUUACAGAACGCUUUGAAUUCAACAAAUUUGGCCAAAGAAUUGCAAAAGUUAUCACCAUCUUGUGACACUCUCAUUUUACACUGUGAAGUGAAUGAUUUGAAUCGAAAUUGCUCCGAUAUUUUCAUAGUAAAGAAUACUAUGCAAGGUUUCUGUUGUGGCCUGCAACAUGAGAAUCUAACUGGAGAAUUAACCAUCACGCUGGACUCGUCUCAGGAGGAUGCUUUCGCCAUGCCACAAAAUGUUGAUGGCUUCACGCUUCAUAUGCCCAAUUGGUUGGGUCGUUUAUCCAUUCAGCCUGGUGAAUUGGCUAAUAUAGAGCUGCAAAUAUAUGAACUUCAAGCGAAUCCCCAACUGAGAGACUAUAACCUAGAUGAACGUCGAUGUUAUUUUCACGAUGAGGGUAUAAAUCAGGCCGAUUGCCUUACCCAAUGUCGUUUGAAGGCCUACAUAAUUAAUUGUCAGUGUAUGCCACCGUUUCCAUUCUCGGCUGAUUCAACUGUCAAUUCAACUCAUAAAUAUUGCAAUCUCACACAUAUCGAUUGUCUGCAAUUGGUUGAUUUCAAUUGGUCACCGAAUGAGUGUGUAAGAUGUUUACCCCUCUGUCAUGGUUUAUUCCAUAGAAUGGUUAAAAAUGUCUAUGGUUAUAUGCAUCCUUGGAGAAGUCGCAUAUCAUUUUAUUAUACAAAUAAGAAUAUACCAAUUUAUCAGCAAAAUGAACUAUAUAAUUGGUAUCAAAUGUUAUCUAACAUUGGAGGUGUGUUGAGUAUUUGCAUUGGUUGCUCCUUCAUCAGUGGCUUUGAAUUGUUGUAUUUUCUAUCUUAUCGUCUGUGGUUAAAUUUUCGUAAUAUAUAA